AUGAACUCACCUGCGCCCUAUGAUGCCCCACCGGCAUAUGCUCCUUCCGAGCAGUUCGAACAUUUUGGUUCUGUGAUCGAUGAAAAAUUCGAUCAUCCUAUGAUUCUUCCACCCCAACAAAAUGAACCUGGUUUGGCUGUUGCCUCCGCUCUCGGCCGUGGCCUUCAAGUGCCAUCUCGCUCAUCUACAUGCACAUCAGGUUUCGACUAUCCGGACGAAUUGAUACACUAUGGAAUUUCUAAAGAUCACUGGGUACAAUUUACACAAGUAAUCUGCGAGGAGGCCAAGCUGUCGCGGCAACAAUGGACGAUAGUUGUUGGCAAGGGUUUGGGUACAUUGGCAGUGGGCGGGCUGAUGGUUGGUAUCCUGGGUGCGAUCCCGGCCAUUUUUGUCACCCGCGUCGCCAGGCGUCGACAAGAGCGACGCAACUUAAUUACUGCACUGGCUGGUACUCAGGAUGAUAAGCUAGCUCGCCAUAUCUCUCACUGGAACGAGACAUUCUUCCAACCCAGGGGUGUUUUGAUCCGAGUCGAUUUGCCAGAUGAAUACCUCAACGACAUUCAAGAUGUAGAUGUCCAAACAACUGGUUCAUCGUCACGACCUGCUAGGAGGGUUCGGGAUAAGGCUGCUAUGAAGGCAAGGGUUGUCAUCAUUCCUCUGGACCGGCCAACACCGGGAUCGAGUCGUUCCUCGACUUGA